UCCUUCUUCUUCGUGUUUCGAAUGUCAAAAAUCAAAACAAACUACAUAACAUCUUAGUUUUACUCAAUUUCAAUCUAAAAAUGUCGAUUUUAUUUAAAAAAUGCAGCCAAUUCCCAACAUUUGGAGCAUCAUUCAAUAAUCCAAUCUAUCUUCUUUACAUUGGUUCAAGAAACCUUUCCAUGUCAUCACCAUUAUGUAAAGAAACUCAACAAAGUUCUCAAAUGUCCCUGCAUGUCGCCGUCAUUGGUGUUCCAAAUGCAGGAAAAAGCACAUUUAUAAAUAAUCUAAUACAUCAUAGAGUUUGUCCAACAUCCACCAAAGUUCACACAACCCGCAAGGCCAAUAAAGCAAUCAUCACCUUAGGCAAUACCCAGUUGGUUUUCUACGACACUCCUGGUUUGGUCACUCAAAAGGAAAUAAAUAAACACAAUUUAGACCAAAGCUUCAAGAGUGCCUAUCGUGAUGCCGUACAACGCUCAGAUAUCAUUGCUGUCGUUCAUGAUACCUCCAAUACUUGGACAAGAAAUGAACUUCAUUCAACUGUUUUGGAUACACUGAAAGCUUAUCCAUCGUUUCCCAGCUUUUUGAUUCUAAAUAAAAUCGAUGCCCUGAAAUCUAAGAGAAUUCUUCUGGACCUGGUAAAGAAACUAACAAAUGACACCCUAUCUGGAAAGAGGAAAUCAUCAAAGAAAGAUGACAAAGAAAAAGAAAGAGAAUUUGUAGCUCCUGUUGUAGAAUUGAAAUCACGACAAGCUGGUUGGAGUAAUUUUUCCGAUGUCUUUAUGGUUUCGUCAAUAAUUGGCGAUGGCUUGAGUGAAAUUAUGAGCUAUCUGGCGCGUCAGGCGAAACCAAGUCCAUGGAAAUAUUCAAGUGAUGUAUUCACAGACCAACCAGCUGCAGAUUUGAUUGUCGAAAGCGUCCGAGCAAGAUUGUUGGACUACUUGCCACAAGAAAUUCCAUACAAUCUCAAGAGUCAAAUUGAAUACUACAGUGAAGAAAAAAAUACCAUCUAUGCAAGUGUUCAAGUUAUUUGUCCGACAGCUCGUAUUGAGAGACUUAUAUGUGGAGAGGCCAAUGGCAAAUUGAAACAAAUUACAGAGCGCGUCACCUCUGAUUUGGUCGAAACUUUUAACAAACCAAUUUCACUAACAAUAUCGACGGUUGCCUUAAAAGAAACCUCACAACAACGCAGAGGAUAGAUUUUAAGGUCAUACUAUAUUCUAUUGUAAAUUAUUUAGAAUUAUAAUUCUUUUAAGUGUUUAUA